AUGUUGUGCACCAAACUGGAAGAACAUGGCUUCGAUUUCGUGGACCUGUCGGGUGGGACAUACCAGGAGCCGGCCAUGCCUCACAGGCGAGAGUCGACCAAGACGGGGGAGGCUCUAUUCCUGGACUUUGCGGAGAAGACUGUCCCCGCAUUGAGCAAGACCAAGGGGUUCGUUGCUGGUGGCCUUCGCACGGUCCCUGCCAUGGUCAGGGCGCUCGAGUCUGUUGAUGGAAUCGGGCUCGGACGGCCGUUGUGCAGCGAGUUCGACUUGGCCCAGAGGAUAAUCGAUGGGAAGGCCAGUCGUGCCCUCUGCGGCUUGCUUGACGAGCAAGCCUACAACUUGACGAAGAUGGCUAGAAAAGCUGGUGGACAACAGCGAUGGCUCGAAGUUUGGGACUGA